AAGAAUUUUCAAAAUUAGUUAAAAAAGGAAAGCAACGGGUGUCGUAAAAAAAGAAAGCUCCUUUCCCGUCUUUUCUGUGCGUCUCCUUUCUCCAGCGUCCGAUCAAAGAAAAAAAAAACGAGGAAAUCCUCGAACAAAGUCUCCUUCCUCUGAGAGCAGCGCGCCAAAUACAAAAUUAUCCUCUUUCACUCACCUCUGUCAGGUACCAUUCUCUCUCAAUUCUCUUCCAUGCCAGACUUAGGGUUACACGAUCUUGCUGAUAUGGCGGAGCCUCCCACCAGUCCGCCCGGUGGCAGUCACGAGAGCGGCGGCGAGCAGAGCCCUAUCACUGGUGGUGCUCGCGAACAGGACCGAUUUCUUCCGAUCGCUAACAUUAGUCGGAUCAUGAAGAAGGCCUUGCCUGCUAAUGGCAAGAUCGCUAAAGACGCUAAGGAUACUGUCCAGGAAUGCGUCUCCGAGUUCAUUAGCUUCGUCACUAGCGAGGCGAGUGACAAGUGCCAGAAGGAAAAGAGGAAGACUAUUAAUGGCGAUGAUUUGCUUUGGGCAAUGGCGACGUUGGGAUUUGAGGAGUAUAUUGAUCCGCUUAAGUCGUACCUUACUAGGUACAGAGAGUUGGAGUGUGAUGCUAAAGGAUCUUCUAGGGGUGGUGACGAAUCUGCUAAAAGAGAUGCAGUUGGGGCCAUGCCUGGUCAAAAUUCCCAGCAAUACAUGCAGUCGGGAGCGUUGACUUACAUUAACACCCAAGGACAGCAUUUGAUCAUUCCUUCAAUGCAGAAUAAUGAAUAGGAGUCACCUGCAUCCCACUUGGAUUGCCUGAAAUCUGAGGCUGGUAGAAGCGUUCAACGCCUAUAUAGCAUCUUUACAAUCGAUUUGGCUAAUUUAUUAUGAUAUGAGAUGAUAUUGUAAUCUAUAUUUUUGUGGUUUCUGUGUUGGUUCUGGAUUUGAUUUUGGUUUGGGCUUUAAGGUGGGCUUCGAUUUUAUUGAUGCUCUCGUCAGCUAAAGUUGUUGUAAAAUUUGGGACCUUCAAUUUAGUAUAGUUGCUUCAGUAAUUUGAAAACUGGAAAUAUUAUUCUCUUUCCAACUUCUGUUGCUUUUGCUUUAAUGACACUGGUUUCGAACGACUAAGAAAGUGCUA